AUGCCCCCCGAGCCCGUCUCCGCCGCGGUCGCCCACAAGCUAGCAUACAGCAACCUGCUCUCGGUGUUCAGCAACCGGGACGCCGAGUCGCGCCUCGCGGCCAUCCUCGAGACGUACACCGCCGACGUAACCUUCUACGAGCCGGACGCGGUCGCCACGGGUCACGACGGCGUCAAUGCCAAGGCCGAGCAGCUGCUCGCCGCCCGCGCGGGCUGGAGGUUCGUGCCCGUGGGCCGCGUGCAGCGCAACCACGAUAUGGUCUAUCUCGCCUGGGGGUUUGGGCCGCAGGACGAGGGCUCCGGAGAGGUGGAUGUCAAGGUCAAGGGCGCGGAUGUGUUGAUCGUCGACCACGACAAGGUCCGCACCUUUUGGGUCAUCAUUGAGGGUGUAACGGAUGCGCAGGAGGCUUGA